AUGGCUGAGACGGAAUACGUGAUACCGUGGGUGCAAAUGCGGGCGAAACGGGAGUACAUUUUGAAAGCAUCUAAGCAAUAUCCCGUGUUGGAACCGUUCGCUCCUCGACAUUCGAUCACGUAUUUUAAUAAUAACAAAGAAGAGAGCGGAAAAUCGGCGUACAAGCGUCUCCACAGCCUGGACUUCGAUCUUUCCAAGCCCAGGUGCGAUCGUACCAAGCCCGACCUCUAUUGGUUAGAAAUUUCAAGGGAGAACAAAGGUCACAAGGUCCCGAUGACUACUAAUCUGUGGUACGGCCGACCGAACAGAGUUCAAGUCGAUUUCCCCGAGACCAAAUUUAAUCGAUCGAGCAAAAUGCAAGAGUUCUACACACGCUUCGGUUUUAGUCUAGUUAGCGACGAGAGAAACGGAUGGCAGAUCUGUUAGAAUGAAUCAACGAGACAAGUAUUUCUUCAUUCUCUUUUUAAUUGAGCAUAGAACAAGUUGCCUGUGCAUUAAAAAAAAAAUCACGCGCGU